AUGGGUGAAAUAAAUUCAAAUUUGGAGGACCGUGUCUCAAUAUUUAAUAGGAAUGAUGAUGAUGAUAAUAACAAUACCAAUUUUAAUAGUACGGCACUUACUAAUAAUAACAUUGUUGAUAUGAAUAAUAAUACUUGUGAAAAUUUUGAUCAAAGUAGUUUUGAAAAUUUGCAUGCGAUAAAUUCAAAUUUUGAAACGAUUUAUAAAGAAUUUUUUUAUGGAACAAGCGAUAAUUAUAUUCCUAUGAAUUCAAAUCCUAUAUCUGAAUGUGCUAACCCUUCUACCUCCACUUCAAAUUCAGCUUCUACUUCUACUUCUGGAUCUACUUCUAAUUCAACUUCUGAAUCUACUUCAAAUUCAGCUUCUACUUCUACUUCUGGAUCUACUUCUAAUUCAACUUCUGAAUCUACUUCAAAUUCAGCUUCUAAUUCUACUUCUGGAUCUACUUCUAAUUCAACUUCUGAAUCUACUUCAGGUUCAACUUCUAAUUCUACUUCUGGAUCUACUUCUAAUUCUACUUCUAAUUCUACUUCUAAUUCAACCUCUGGAUCCACGCCUAAUUCAACUUCUACUUCUACUUCAGGUUCAACUUCUAAUUCUACUUCUAGCUCCACUUCUAACUCAAUCUUUAAUCCUACUUCUACUUCUGGAUCUACUUCUACUUCUGAAUCCACUUCUGAAUCCACUUCUAAAUCCACUUCUAAAUCUACUUCGAGUUCAACCUCUGAUUCUACUUCUGGAUCCACUUCAAAUUCUACUUCAAAUUCUACUUCAAAUUCUACUUCAAAUUCUACUUCAAAUUCUACUUCAAAUUCUACUUCAAAUUCUACUUCAAAUUCUACUUCAAAUUCUACUUCAAAUUCUACUUCAAAUUCUACUUCAAAUUCAACUUCAAAUUCAACUUCUAAACCUAAAUCCAAUUCAACUUCUGAAUCCACUUCAAGUUCAACCUCUAAUUCUAUUUCAAGUUUAACCUCUAAUUCCACUUCUGGAUCCACUUCUAAUCUUGAUUCCAAUUCUGAUUUGAAUUACUCUUCUCCUAGUAACAUUAAUCUUCCCAUUUCCACUAAUAGUAAAAACAAAGCUUCUAUUAGCCAUGAUAAUACUGGUGUUUCAAAUAAAGUUGUUUUUUUUAAUGGAUUAAGAAAAAUUAUCAACUCAACUUUAGUAUCUGAAAAAAUAGCAGUUAAUCAAUAUUAUAAUAGCCUGUUAACAAAAAAUUUUAGAAAAAAAGGAUAUGCGUUUAAAAAGGGUAAAAUUGUUAAUGAGAAUGGAAGGGACAUUGACAAUAUUAAACUCUUUUUUGAACUUCAGUUGCAAACUGAUCUGGAAGUAUUAAAAACAUUUAAAUACCAGAAUCCCAUAUUUAAUUUUUUGAUAAAAUGGGCUAUGACAUGUCCGGCUACCAGUAUAGCCAGUGAAAGAACAUUUAGUUCUGCAAGGUAUGUUUUUACUGAAAAUAAAGUUAACUGGAAAGAUUCAAAUGUUAACGAACUACUAAAAUUGAAAGCGUUUAACUCUUUAGUAGAUUAUACUAGUGCAAAUUUUAAACAAGACUUAAUUUCAAAUUUAUCUGUAUAG